AUGGCCCAAUUGUUGUUAAAGACCAUUCAGACACAGCAGCGUGUUGAAAGAGAUGCUGCAAUUGCUCGUUUGGAACAGAGUAGAAUUGUUCUUGCAAUGAGACUGUCGGAACACCGUGGUAAAAAAUAUAAAGUCAUUGAAGAAGCUCUUGCUUUUGUUGGAGAUGUACAGGAUGCAAGCGGCCUUAUUUCACCUGAAGUUUUUGGACAACCAAAAUGUACAGCUGAGAAUUUUGUAGCUGAUAAAGGGAAGAGAUCUAAUAUACUCAUUAGUGCUUUUGUCUCGAGUUUCAAUUUUGUGAAGAAAUCUUUCGGGUUGGAUCAUAUGGGUGGAAUAGUGGGCAAUGCUGCUUUGGUUGUUGUUAGUAUGAUUGCUAUGCUUCAUUUACAUCAGGUAACUAACCAUAGACAUCCAUUUAGGGAAGAAAAUAGAAAUCACGGUAACAGAACUAUGAGAAUAGCUACUCAAUUGGAUUCUUCGUCCGGUGCCCAUUUCAGUAAUCUGGAUGUAUUGUUGGCUCGAGGUUAG